GGACCGGAUGGAACCAGAUUUUAUUUGCUUCUCUUUUAUUUUAUUUUCUGGUUUUUUAAUUUAAUUCUUUUUCAUCUCCUCCAUUUUGAUUUUCCUCUUUCUCUUUUUCACUUAAUAAUACGUACCAAUUUUUUUGUUCCUUUUGCUUUCUAAUUCGAAAAUAGGAAGUUAGAUUUUGUCCCAAAAAGGUUUUGUGGAACCAAGUCUCCAACAAUCGCAACUGUGUCAUCAGCCUCGGGUUUGGUCGUUUUCAGUCAUCAGAUUGCAUGAAGCAGCGCUCAUGACAUGAAAGGAGCCGCACAAAUGCCUAUCUUCCGCUCAACAUCAUAUUUCCAACGUUUCAAAUCACUCGUAUCUUUCUCCUCUCGCAAUUCCCACUCCUUAGGCUCACUUCAAUGCUCAGAAACGGUAGAAACUAGUGAUUCAGGCCAAUUCAAUGGUGUAAUCGAUGAUAAGGACCUCCUCAAGAAAACCCCAAAUGGUAAUCUCCUUGUCCUAGACCUCAUUGAUCGCCGCGCACUCCAGCCCGACGCGAGAUUGUACGUUGAUCUCUUCAAGAAGUGCACUGAUCAGCGGAAGCUGAAAGAGGGGCGAAUGGCUCACGCUCAUUUCGUGACAUCGAGCUUUAGUCACUACGUUGUUUUGCAGAACAGUGCUGUGAACAUGUUCGCAAAAUGCUGUGAUAUGGAGAUGGCCCAUAAAGUGUUUGAUGAAAUGACUGAACGGGAUAUGGUUUCUUAUACUAUGAUGAUCACUGGCUAUUCGCAGACUAGAGAGUUCGAGGAGGCGUUGAGAUUGUAUGUGGAGAUGGUGAAGAUGGGCUUCCGCCCUAAUGAGUAUACUUUUGGGAGCGCUCUGAAGUCGGCCGGUGGUAUGCAGAGUCAUUCAAUGGGAAGGGGGAUUCAUGGCGCUUGUAUCAAAUUCGGGUACGAGGAUAAUGUCUAUGUUGGUAGUGCAUUGGUGGAUAUGUAUGCAAGGUGUAAUAAAAUGGCGGAAGCGAAUAUCCUCUUUGAUGGGCUCAAGAUUAGGAAUGAAGUUUCUUGGAAUGCUCUGAUUGCAGCGUAUGCGAGGGGCGGAGAGGGGCACAAUUCUAUGAAGCUAUUCUCGGAGAUGAAAAGAGAAGGUUUCAGACCGACUCAUUUCACAUACUCGAGCAUCUUUGCUGCCUGCGCGAGUGAUGGAGCUAUGGAGCAGGCCAAAUGGGUGCAUUCGGAUUUGAUAAAGAUGGGAGUGCAGCUCAUUGCUUUUGUUGGCAACACGCUUCUUGAUAUGUACGGUAAGGCAGGGAGCAUUCAGGAUGCAAAGAAGGUCUUUGAUCGGUUGGUGAAGAAGGAUGUUGUUUCGUGGAACUCAAUGCUAACUGCCUAUGCGCAGCACGGACAUGGCCAGGAAGCCAUUGAUCUAUUUGAAGAAAUGCGCGCUGUGGGGUUGCAGCCGAAUGAGAUCAGUUACCUGUGCGUGCUCAAUGCUUGCAGCCACACCGGGCUUCUUGACAAAGGGUUGCAUUAUUUUGAGCUGAUGAAAAAGAAUAAGUUAGAACCCGAUAUUACACAUUAUGUGGCCAUUGUUGAUCUUCUUGGUCGCGCUAACCAGCUCGAGCGUGCAGAGAGGUUUAUAUUGGGAAUGCCUAUUGAACCUACAGGAGCUGUUUGGAAAGCUCUGCUUGGAGCUUGUAGGGUGCAUAAGAACAUGUUUCUAGGCGGCUAUGCUGCUGAGCGCGUCUUUGAGCUUGAUCCCCACGAAUCCGGUCCCCACAUGCUGCUCUCGAAUAUCUACGCCUCUCAUGGCAGACACAACGAGGCUGCAAGAGUGAGGAAGAUGAUGGCUGAGAGUGGUGUCAAGAAGGAACCGGCUUGUAGUUGGGUGGAGAUUGGGAAUUCUGUGCAUCUGUUUGUGGCGAAUGAUGACACGCAUCCGCAGGGACCGGAGAUUCGUGUGAUGUGGGAGAAGCUGAGAGACGAGAUCAAGAAAAUCGGAUAUGUCCCGGAUACGAGCCACGUGCUCUGGUACGCGGACCAGCAGGAGAGGGAGGAGAGGUUGCAGCUGCAUAGCGAGAAGCUAGCUCUAGCGUUUGCGCUCCUCAACACGCCAAACGGAGCCCCCGUCUCCAUCAAGAAGAACAUCAGAGUGUGCGGCGAUUGCCACGCGGCGUUCAAGUUUGUGUCGAAGUUGGUGGAUAGGGAAAUCAUCUUGAGAGACACCAACAGAUUCCAUCACUUCCGCCAUGGCUCUUGCUCCUGCAGAGACUACUGGUAAACAAGAAACACUGCCUGCAGAUCAAAAGGUCAUUUUGUGCUUAAAAGCUGCAGCAGUUUAUUAGGAAGUGACUCCAUUUUUCCUGCGUGAAACAGAGGCGAUUACCUAUAUUUCAGCACCAUUUUGUGAAAGGAUGAAGUAGAAGAGUUUUGGGAAAUAUUGACUAGAGAAAUUAUAUUAUAUUUUGGGCUUGAAUGCCGUUGUCUUUCCAUAUUUUGAACAAUGGUUAUUUCGCCCAUAACAUUAAAAUACUUGGGCUUUGGCUUCUGAAAUUAAAGGCCCAAACCCUUCACUUUGUAUCA